AUGCCUAGGUCUGAGGAAGCAGAGUGGUGGGCCAAUGCCGUAUACGCGGCGAUCCAAGAGAUCCCCCGAGGCAAAGUGACUUCUUACGGCCAUAUCGCUCGACUACUCGGUGAACCUCAACGGCCACGUCAAGUCGGAGUUUGUCUCAAAGUUCUUCCACCGGUGGAGUCUGGCGCGCAUUUUAACAAUGACACCGUGCCCUGGCAGCGAGUCAUCAACUCGAAGGGGAUGAUAUCGCAUCGUGGACCCGGCAGUGCGCAGCGCCAAGCUGAAUCUCUCCAGUCAGAAGGCGUCGAAGUCACCACAGACAGUAUGGGAGAAAUGUAUGUCAGCCUGGCCCAGUAUGGGUGGUUCCCCAGCCAUCUCCCAAGCGAGGAAAACGAGGACGAGAGCGAAAAGAGCGCAACAUGA